CGGAGUCCUAGCACGCGGAUGGAACCUUGGUGGGGCGGAGCCUGUGGGGGCGGGACGAGGCCCGGGCAGGACGGGCCUCACUUGCCGGCGUUUGCCGGCCCGGGCCACUACUUGUGAGGAGCUCUGUGGCCGCGGAAGCAAGUGAGAGAUUUCGACCAGUUACCUUACUCUGGUUUUCCUGCCUCCCUCUUCAUCAGCGAGAUUCAAGGCUGGACCAGGGCCCCCAGGGAAAAAAUCCUGCUAUCAAGGAAGAAAAUAUAGGACCAGGACCUUCCCAUGGACCCUUCUCAGGACAUUCCAACAGCACAAGCAAGGGUGUCUCCCUAAGACACAAGAGGCCUGAAAAAACUAUCCUUUGUGAAGUGCCAUGGUGGUCAAGAAAAGCAGAGGUAGCUCCCAGCAGUUGCCUGGCCUGGGAGGACAGGGUGGUUGUACAGGUUUUGUAGGCAUGCUUGGAACUGCCCUGCUGUUCAUCAGCCUACCAUGGGGAGCUCAAGUGAUGGCCAGUGCCAACAUCAGCACUGCUCUGGGCCACACAAGUGGUCACUAUUUGAGUAUUGGGGAUGGCUCAGUGACAGAAUUUGAUUUCCCUGAGAAGAGUGAGGGUAUCAUUGUGAUCUCUAGCCAAUACACUGGACAGACCAAUGGGACAGGCCCCAGCCCCAUACUUAAGGUUAUAUCCCUGGACACAGAGGUGCUGACCAUUAAGAAUGUGAGUGCCAUAACCUGGAGCAGUGGAGGUGGCUUUGUGGUAGGCAUCCACUCAGGUCUAGCUGGGCUGGCCCCACUCCACCUCCAGCUCAUGGAUUUCUAUGAGGCCCCACCCCUGCUGAUCGAAGAACGGAGAGAUUUCUGCAUCAGGGUGUCACCUGCUGAAGACCUCCCUUCUGCUCUCAACACCAACUUGGGCCACUUCUCAGAGAACCCAAUACUCUACUUGCUUCUGCCUCUUAUCUUUGUCAACAAGUGUUCAUUUGGUUGCAAAGUGGAACUUGAAGUUUUGAAGGAGCUCCUACAGAGCCCCCAACCCAUGCUGUUGGGCCUCUUGGGCCAGUUUCUGGUCAUGCCUUUCUAUGCUUUCCUGAUGGCCAAAGUCUUCAUGCUACCCAAGGCCUUAGCUCUGGGCCUCAUCAUUACCUGCUCAUCACCUGGUGGUGGAGGGAGCUACCUCUUCAGUCUCCUCCUUGGAGGAGAUGUCACCCUGGCCAUCUCCAUGACUUUCAUCUCAACAGUAGCUGCCACUGGUUUCCUACCACUCUCAUCAGCCAUCUACAGCUACCUUCUCAGCAUCCAUGAAACACUCCACGUGCCCAUCUCCAAGAUAUUGGGGACCCUGCUGUUUAUCGCCAUCCCCAUAGCAGCGGGUGUGGUGAUCAAAUCUAAGCUCCCCAAGUUCUCUGAACUACUGUUACAGGUCAUCAAGCCCUUCAGCUUUAUACUUCUCCUGGGUGGCCUGUUCCUGGCCUACCACAUGGGGGUCUUCAUCCUAGUGGGAGUCAGGUUACCCAUUGUACUGGUGGGUUUCACAGUGCCUCUUGUUGGCCUCUUGGUGGGCUACAGCCUGGCCAUCUGCCUGAAGCUGCCAGUGGCUCAGCGACGAACAGUCAGCAUUGAGGUAGGGGUGCAAAACAGCCUGCUAGCCUUAGCCAUGCUACAGCUGUCUCUGCGCCGCCUUCAAGCAGACUAUGCCUCUCAGGCCCCUUUCAUUGUGGCACUGAGUGGUACCUCCGAGAUGUUGGCUUUGGUUAUUGGCCAGUUCAUCUAUAGCAUCUUGUUUCCUGUUCCCUGAGCCCUCUGGAUCAAGUUUUAUAACUUCCAGCCCCCAUACUCCUCUCUUCCCACAGUUCUUGUGUACCGUACCAAAGGCCUUUAGUUCUCAUGCACUAUGCACUCAAGACAAAUCCAGGCUUAUUUUUUUACUCCUUUUCGCCCCAGCUUUCAGUGCCAAAGAGGCCAUGCUGAGUUAGAUAGUUGGGUAUUGCCCAGAAAUAUAUUUCAAUAAAAAAAAACCAAAAAAACAAAA